GCGGGCUCCCGUCGGCCCCCGCGCGCGGCCAAUGGGGAGCGAGCAGGCGGCGGCGGCGGCGAGGAGAUGGCGGCCAGGGGCGGCCGCGGCGGCCUGCUGGACAAGUGGAAGAUUGAUGACAAGCCAGUAAAGAUUGACAAAUGGGAUGGGUCAGCUGUGAAGAACUCCCUGGAUGAUUCUGCCAAAAAGGUGCUGCUGGAGAAGUACAAGUACGUGGAGAACUUCCGGCUGAUCGACGGGCGCCUGCUCAUCUGCACCAUCUCCUGCCUCUUCGCCAUCGUGGCUCUGGUCUGGGACUACCUGCACCCCUUCCCCGAGUCCAAACCCGUCCUGGCCUUCUGUGUGGUCUCCUAUUUCACCAUGAUGGCCAUCCUGACCAUCUACACCUCCUACAAGGAGAAGAGCAUCUUCCUGGUGGCUCACAGGAGAGACCCAGCAGGGAUGGACCCUGACGACGUCUGGCAGCUCUCCUCCAGUCUCAAACGGUUUGAUGACAAAUACACCCUGAAGCUGACCUUCAUCAGCGGCAGGACCAAGCAGCAGCGGGAGGCUGAGUUCACCCAGUCCAUUGCCAGGUUCUUUGACAGCAAUGGCACCUUGGUGAUGGAGGCCUACGAGCCUGAGGUGUCCAAGCUCCACGACAGCCUGGCCCUGGAGAGGAAGAUGAAGUGAUCCAGCCCUCUGCCUCCUGGGACCUGCAAAGUGAAUGCCAAUAACCCCCCCCAGGAAGCUAAGAAAGCCAAAAGUUGCCUCUG